AACGCGCGUGUUUGGUAUUGUUUAUGUACUUUUGAUUUGGUUUUGUGUUUCUAAAAUAAUGAGUAAAAAAUCCACACGCUCCAGCCAACCAAAGCCGGAUCCUGAAGCCGCCGCAAAGCCAACCACAGUCUCUGCUCUGAAGAAAAUCCUGUUUGUCUCGAAAUCUCUUCUAGAACUGGAAGAUGCUAGCUCUGGUCGUUUGUGCCUCGAACGUUUCCAUCACCCAGGCAAAGGGCAAUCGGCCUUGUUUAUAACCCAUCCGAAUGGCCAGAUUAUGGAAUUACUGGAAUAUGCCGAACCCAGAAGGAGCUGGUUAAUCAACAAUGAAGUGUGCUCCAAUGGCAAAAUCUAUAUGACCAUGCCCUUGGAUCCCACACUGCUGGCAGUUCAUCAUUUAAGGAAGCACUGUGACCAGAAAGCCAUAUCUCUGGACUCUAUUGCCGUGGAGGAUUCAUCAACUACACGGCUACUCACGAAAUUUGUGCCCAGCCAGGGACUGAAGUGCAUUGCCGAUGUAAAGGUCUCGGGAGACCUAACAUUUUACAAAUACAAUGCCGAACGCACUAUGGCCUGGCUGGCCUUGAAGACCCGCCAGGUGCAGGCCGUGCUCAAGGCCAAACAAAUCCAUUGCGGACAGAAUGCAGCUCAAUCGCAAAAUUUUGUGCGCAGCGAGAAACUGCAAGUGGAGAAUAACUCCAGUGAUGUGGACUACCUGCGUAUGGCUUGUGAUAUUGUGGGACGUUACUUGGACAUCGAUCUGCAUGAGAUGCUAACCCACUAUCUGGACAUACCCAAAGAGAUCCAAGCUCUGGCAGAGGAGAAGAAUGCAGCACAAAAGCGCAAAUCCCAACAAGGACAAGCUGGCGGCGCCCAAAGCAAGAAGAUCAAAUUGAAUGCGGAAUCCGAACAGGACCAAAACACAGAGCUAAAGAAGAGUGGCCUGAUUGACAGUGAUAGCGGUGGCUCCCCGCCAACUCCAGUAGCGCCAACUCCCCUCAAAGAGCACUCUAUGACGGCCAAAGAGAAGGCUCUGGCCAAAGGGGCCAGAGGUAGCAAGAGUAUAACAUCAUUUUUUAAAGUCAAAUAGUUAUCAAAUCUAUAAAAUUUAGUUAUUGUUUUUAAUUAACAGUUACGUAUGUAAGUUAAGUAAUAUUUCUUUUUUCCUUUUUUUACAUUA